AAUGACGUCACUGCAUCACGUGACGUUUAGCAGUGGCGUUCUCUGCGAGUCUGCGUUGAUUUCGGAGGAACCACAGCUAGCGCUUCGCGGCCUGUUACAAUGGAAGGCAGGAACUACGGCUCAGGUUUUUCAAAUUGGGGUGGCGGAGGGUCUGGAAACAGAGGUUCUGGAAACUUUGAUCUAUUUGGUGGAAAUUAUAAGAAUUCCAUGUCGGGUUACGGGGGCUACGGAGGCGGCAAUUCCAAGAGAGGCCUCUCCGAGUCAUCCAUGCUCCACGAAAAGAUAACACAAGCAGAUGAAGUGAUUGCCAAGAUUAAUCAGCGCUUGGACAUGCUCACUCAGUUGGAGGGUGGCAUGAAAGGUGGCCGAGGUGACAGGUUUGACCAGUUCGAGUCUUUCGACUCGUUCUCCUCCUCCCGAGAUCUCUUCAGAUCCGGUGGCGGUAGCUAUGGUUGUGAUGAUGGCCGUGGUGACAACAUGCUGUUGGGCCAGCGAGGAGGCUCGGGCUUCGGGGGGGGCAUGGGACAAGGAGGGGGAGGUGGCUUUAAUAGCCUCUCCUCCACCUAUGGAAUCGCUAAAAUGCGACAGAAUUUAAGGGAGUCCUUCGGCAGUGACUCUGGCAGGGGAGGAUGGGCAGGUCGUCGUUCCCCCAGAAGGGGCGGAGGUGCCGGGGGUCGAGGGUUUGGGGGCUACAGGUCCGACCCCAUGUCCUUAGGCGGAGGCGGCCGGGGAAGCGGUCCUUCCCCAGGAGGUCGAGGCAAGCUCCCAUCCCUCCUGUCCAACCGCAUGUACCCAGAGGGUGGAGGUUUCCACCCAGGUCCCUCCCAAGGGCCCCGCGACUUUUCCGGGAGGUAUUUUGGAGGGGCCACACGGGUCAGCCGCGCGCGAGGCCGCAGGAAACCCCUCAACAAACUGCCACCAAAGCCACAAAAUGACACCCAGAAGAAGAGAAAGCAGAUGGCCACUCCUGCUGAUGAGCCAGAGAGUAAAAUGAACAAGACCGAAAACACUAAUGCUGAUGCUAAGGUAGUAGAAAAAGAUGACAGCAAGGCAACUAUGACUGCUGCUGCUUCUGCUGAUGCUCAAGAGACUACUGAUGGAGAAUCAGGUUCAGCGAAAAAGGAAGAAAGUGCCGAGGCGGCAGCGGUGGUGGCACAGGACAAACAGCCCACCCCCCGACCUCCAGGCAAGUCUUCAAAAGCGAAAAAGAAGCGGGGCUUUCAGGAGAGGGUGAUGUUUGCAUGCUCCAUCUGCAAGUUCCGAACGUUCUACAAGGAAGAUAUGGAACGUCAUUUGGAGAGUCGCUUCCACAAGGAACACUUCAAAUUCCUUUCGGGCCAGCUGUCCAAGCCGACCACAGACUUCCUACAGGAGUACUUACUGAACAAGUUCCACAAAACUGACCACAUGAUCAAUCAAUUGGAGAACCACAGUGCUGCCAUCUGUCAGAUGUACAGAGACCAGGAUCUCACGAAAGAUCUCGGCAUGGAGCACUUCUUGAAGAAAGUGGAAGCUGCCCAUUGCAGUGCCUGUGACAUCUUCAUUCCAAUGGAGUUUCACCUGAUCCAAAAGCACAUUAAAUCCUACGACCACAACUAUAAUCGCAAGGGAAUGAUGGAGCAGUCUAAGAGAUCCAGCCUGUCAGUUGCACGUAGCAUCCUCAACCACAAAGUCAUUGGAAAGAAGCUGGAGAGCUACCUGAGUGGAGAAAAUCCAUUUGUUGGUAACCAGGAGGGUCAGGGCGCACCCGAAUCAAUGUUGGUGGAAGAAACAGAAGAACAACCGGCCGUCACGGAAGAUAAGGAGGUGACCGAGGAUGUGGAGGCGGUGACCAAAGCAAGCGAGGGGGAACCAGCCCAAGAAGAAAAUACUGAGAACGAAGAGGUUAAGGAGGAAGCGGGUAUGCCGGAGGAGCAGGGGAACCAGAACGAGGAGGAGGGGGAAGAAGGCUUUGAAGUUGGAGAGGAUGAAGAUGAAGAGGGAUACGUGGUGCACGAUGAAAUUGAUGAAGAGGAUGGAGCGGAGGUGUGUGAUGCUGUUGUGGAGGAAGAUGAUCACAAAGAACUGUUAGAGUAAUUGAAAUAGACACGUAAAUGCUUACGUUUUUCCAUUUAAAUGUUCGUGUAUAUACUUUAUGGCUAGUCUGACAUGCAUUUGGAAGAGAGCUGUUUGAUAGCAAUCCAGAAUCUACCCUACCAAAAUGUCUUGAAUUUUUUUUUUUUUUUUUUUUUUUUUUUGUGCCUCUUGGUUUGUUAUUCUGAAAUGACGUUAGUUUAAAUUGAUUGAGGGCACUUUGGAUUAUACAGUAUUGAUAGCCUACAAAUGUUCUUCCCAUUGCUAAUGUACCUAAUAGCAUUGGAUGUUUUUUCUCCGCAACUGUCGGGUUUUGUUUUGUUUUACUUCUAGCAGAUAAGAAUUGAAAAACUGUCAGUCAUGUUUCUUGCUAUAAAUGUAACUAUUCUACAGUGUCAUGAAUAAACUUGCGUGAACCAUU